CCCAUCUUCGAGCCGGACCCGCCGCCAUGAGCCGCCGGUGUGAGGAGCGCGGCCUGCGCGUGCGGCCCGUGCACAGCGAGCGGCUGUCGGGGCGCUGGGACCCGCCCGCCCUGCAGGGUGGAAAUGGCGUGAUUCUGGAGGGAGAGCUUCUUGAUGUCUCUCGUCACCUCAUCUUGGAUAUUAAUGGCAGGAAGGUGAGCAAGGAGCGAUACUACGUACUGUACAUCAGGCCCAGCCGGGUCCAUCGCCGCAAGUUUGAUGCCAAGGGAAAUGAGAGGGAGCCAAACUUCAGCGACACCAGGAAGGUGAACACCGGCUUCCUCAUGUCCUCCUUCAAAGUGGAAGCCAAAGGCGAUACGGACAGGCUGUCCCCCGAGGAGCUGAAGGGACUGGUGAAUAAGCCGGAGCUGCUGAGUGUGACCGAGCGCCACACCCCCAGCCAGGCUGUGGCCUUCUGGCUGCUGGAGACGGAGCUGGAGAAGAUGGAGCUGGAGCUGGGAACAGAGAUCCGUCUGAAAACCCAGGGUGACAGCCCCUUCAUAUUCUCUCUAGCCAAGCUGCAUGCAGGGACAGUGACCAAGUGUAACUUUGUUGGCGACGGACAGGCUGGGGCUUCCUGGACAGACAACAUCCUGGCUAACAGACCUCCAGGAGGGCCAGCCCCCGAGCCCAGGGGACGAGGGGACGGCGCAGAGGAGGGUGAAUGGGAUGACUGAGAGCCGAGGGACCUUCUCCACUGAGGCAACAGCCACUCUGUACAGUAACUUCUGUUCUUGCUUUUGACUCCACGGCACCAGGGAUGGUGCAGAGCCUGGAUGAGGGGAUUCACACCCCUGGGUUGUUCAGGGUGCAGUUUGCACUGGGCCAGCCCUGAGGAAGAGGUCUCCAUGCCCAGCUGGCCUCUGUAUGUUUUGCAGUGUUUGUCCACCAAGGCCUUUGGGGUCCAUAUCACUCUGCCCUGAGUUCCAAGAAUCCCUGUCUCUCCUCCUCACCUGCAUCCUGCUUUGGCGGAGGCGGAGGCUGUGGCACAAGUGACCGAGCUUAUGCUUCCCUUUGAAAAGGAUGGAAUACUCAGAGCAUGGCAGCUCGGGCUUUUCCUGGCUGCUGUGAGCCACUUGGGGCAGGGUGAAGGUUGGCACUGCCCCUCUGCUUAGUGCACCCUGCUCAGCCGCUGCCCCUGAGAAAUCCCACUCAGUACGUGUGGUAAGGCCUGUCUGGCCCAGCCAGUCCAUCUCCUUGGCCAUAGAGUCUGUUCCUUAUGAAACACUAACCCGUGUAUGCUGCUGAUUGGAAAUGUCCCAAGCUGCAUGCAUGAGCCAUACUCUAACAUCCUGCCUGUGUAUUUAUGAGCAGUGUUUUUUUUUUAAUAAUAAAUCUCUCAAACCUA